AACAGUUAUAACUUUUUUGUCUUUAAUUUCACGCAUUCAGCAUCAUCAUGAAGAAGUCGUUCGGAAGUAGCAAGAACAAGAAUAAGGAAAAAAAGACACCUUCCAAGGAGGCGCCUGCACCACAAACAUGGGAGGAGUACAUGGAGGAGGGCGUUCUGCUUGAGGAAAAGGGUGAGCGUUAUGGCACAGGUGACAAGGCGAGGCGUUACUAUGAGAAGGCUGGAGAUAUGUAUAACAAGGCUUGCAAACUUAAUCCCGAGGAUUCUGACUGUCUUUACAAUUUUGGAAGAGUCCUCUACAUCUUGGUUGACUUUACGCAUUCGACCUGCCAGAAACUCUCUUUGCUGAACGCAUCAAUUGUACGGUUCAGAUCCGCUCUUCAUUAUGACCCCGAUAAUACCGACACCCUCUUCAAUCUUGGACAGGCAUUGACCACCCAUGCUGAGGUCGUCCAGGACCAUGAGGAGGAUGAGGAGGAUGGGGAUGGCCAGGAUCAUAGGCAUGGAGACGAAGAUAAUUUUCAGGGAAGCCCAGAAGAACGUGCAGUAUUAGAGCUUUUGGAAGCCAUCAAAUUGUUCGAAACUUGUUAUUCCAUCCAACAGCGAGAGUUGUACGCGGCUGUCCAACAGGCCAGCUCAAAGGACAACGGAGUUACAGAGGAGAAGACUGAGGGGUCGGGAGAGCAUGAGAAACAGGAGCUAUCCAACUCAGCAGGCGUUUUGAUUGACACAUUGAUUUCCGCCUCUCAAGCUUUGACUUCAUUAGCCUUCUUGGUCGAUACUGUUGAACGCUCCCAGACAUACUAUAAACAGGCGAAGGAUAGGCUUGAAAUUGCCCUCGGAGUGGUCAACGAUAAGCUACUCUGGCCUGAUGAGGAAGAAGAGAGUUCGUCUAGUAGUAAGGGUAAAGAAAAGGAUGCUGCCGCAGAGUUGCUUGUCGAGGGCGAAAUUGAGGAUGUACAGCCUGCUACCAAGCCUAUUUCGAAGUUCCGUGAAGCUCAAUCUCAGAACGAAACUGUCAGUCGGAAGGAAAAGAUUUGUGACAUCCAUCUCCAGUACUCCACUGUCCUGUCGUCUCAGACUGAACGCAGUUACCAAGAUACAGGCAAGAUUUCGGAGGACCUGUACGAUGAGGCGCUACAGCACCUUGAUGUGGUCUUGCGUCACCAACCCCGCCAUGUCGAGGCAUUGUGUGACAAGGGUGAUCUUUUGGGUGCCUGGGCUCAGGGUUUGGCUGCCCUUGACCAGGGAGCUGAUUUGUCUGAUAGCGACAUUGAAAGAUUCGACUCUUCAUCCAGCAUUACGUUAGGAACGAGCGAUGUGAUCGCAGCUGAGCCUAGUGCCUCUUCAACUGAUCUUCGAAAGAGCAGUCGCCCCGUUAGGACCUGGCAGUUGUUUGCCUUUGCCACGCGCGCAUUCCUUUCUGCUUUGGAGGUAGAGCCUCAAAACACUUCUAUUCUCGAGAAGCUUGGUGAUAUUCACUGGUCGAGAUCGCUCUUGACAUCGCCUGUUGCGCUCAAGAAUCGUUCAAUGUUGCUGAACAAUGCAAGCGUGUACUAUCGCUUCGCCUGGGAAUCAUGCCGUGAUGGAUCCACUGAAAAUGUGGACGAAGAACAAAGGAUGGAGAUUUUAUUGAGUUGGGCACAAGUCUUAAGGGCGAUACCUGGCAAGGAGGAGGAAGUUCUCCGCGUUCUUAAGCAAUGGAAGCGUUUGGGUGGUACUAAGGAGAUGCUCAUGGAGUUGUUAGAGGGCAACUCUGGCGAUAUUUUGAAAGAAGACUUUAUCGAGUUUGCAUUGAAACGUCUUCACAAGGGUUUUUAAGUCCAUUUUUUUCUUGCAAAUAUUGUGAUAAAAUAAAAUAAAAAAAAUAAAGCAUACG